AUGCGUUCUCUGACCACCACUAUCACAACAACAACAGCUCUGAAGAUGACUGCUGUAAAUACAUUGUUACGAUUCAUAAGAUAAGAACAUUAAGGACAGUCAAGAGAUGUAAAUAGCAGCAGUGUUUUAUAUGUAACAAAUGUAAAUAGAUGAAACUGUUCUUUUGCUCUGUUUACGAUGAUUAAAUUAUUUAAUAGAUAGUCUUCAUAACUUAAUGCUGCAAUGAUGGAGAAUGAUGACGUUCUAGAGACUCUGGGAGAGAAACUGUAUGACGUGAUUUAUCCCAAAUACAAAGAGAUGACACCUAAACUUACAGGUAUGUUACUGGAGUUGCCGACUAGUGUUGUAGCUCAGAUGCUGCAGGAUGAACCUCUGUUGAAUAAAGCACUAGAGAGAGCACUGACAGCCCUCACAUCAUCUGACAAUAGUGAACCUCUGUCUCAGACUGAAGAUGCAGCAUCCGUGUCCUCCGACUCUUUGGGUGAACAGCUGUAUGACCUUAUUGACCUAUACAACACUGGACACACACAGAAAAUAACAGGCAUGUUAUUGGAGCAGAAAAAGGAGGCAGUCCUUCAGCUUUUGUCAGAUCCUACACUUCUCAAAGAACAAGUCAAGACUGCCUUGAAAACUUUGCAAGAAUGUAGGCAGGGUGACGAAAUGACAGAUGUGAGUGACGGCUCCGACCGAGAGGAAGUGGAGUCCAUUGGCGAGAAGCUUUUCAGUUUUGUACAGCAUUUAGACCCCGCCCAUUGUGCUGACAUCACAGGAGGGCGAUCGAAGCCAGACAUGCACAGAAGUGCCAAAAUGAGGCCUGUGGAUACUACAGACCAUGUGAUCUGGAAAACUCAACAGGAUUAUCAGAGAAACUUAGUACUUUGGACUCUUGAUAUUGCUGUAUUACUUGCACAACUUAAGAUAAUGUUUACAUUUCAUUUUGGGGCUAUUUGCCACUUUUUGAUAGAGAGUUCACAGGAAAUUAUUGUGGAGAGAGACGAGAAAGUGCAUCAGGAUAUGACGCAGGCCGGAUUCAAACCUAUGUUACCUGAAAGAGCACCACAGCCAAUGUCUUGAACAUUAGGGUGGUUGCAGCGUGAAGCACUUACAUGUUUCCAUUGAUCAUGGUAUAAAUAUUGGUGGGGUUGUUCUUGCUUUUGUUAUUAUUGAGGGGUUACCUUCCCACAUCCCCCCUGGAAUCUACAGCCCUGACCACAGCGCAACACGUCUAGAUGCUUUGGCAUUCCACAAGCACACUUAAGACGUUAAUUACAUUCUCAGAUAAUUUGUGUCAUAAUCAGUGAUCAUUAAAUGUUUCCAUAAAACUAAGGUUGCUGCUGGAAGAGGUAUUAGGGAGGCCAGUGGGGGGGGGGGGGCUCACCCUGCGGACUGUGUAGGUCCUAACGCCUCAGUAUAGUGACGGGGACACUAUACUGUAAAAAGGCACUGUCUUUCGGAUGAGAUGUUAAACUGAUGUCCUGACUCUCUGUGGUCAUUAAAAAUCCCAGGACAAUUCUCGAAAAGAGUAGGGGUGUAACCCCGGUGUCCUGGCCAAAUUCCCCCCAUUGGCACUUACCAAUCAUGGCCUCCUAAUAACCCCCCUCCAUUAAUUAACUGUAUCACUCUACUCUCUUCUCUCCACCAAUAGCUUGUGUGUGGUGAGCAUACUGGUGCACUAUGGCUGCUGUCGCAUCAUCCAGGUGGAUGCUGCACACUGGUGGUGGUUGAGGAGAGUCCCCUGUUCACUGUGUAAUGCGCUUUGAGUGUAGUGUCAGAACAGCACGAUAUAAAUGUAACGUUCAUUCGUAUGUAAUUUGCAUUAAACAAUAUACAUCUCUGUAAAUAAAGAAUGCAAAUGGGAUUUAGUGUCAGGUUUUAA